AUGCCCUGCCCACCCAGGUCCUCCAAUCUCCCGUUCCCAGAGCUCCUCCUUUCUUGAAGAGGCGAGAAGGCUGGUCCAGGGCCGCCUCCUCUCUGUGCACUUGGCGGGCGGGGGGAUUUGUGUCAUAUGACAGAUCCAAGAUGGCGUCGGCCAGGCUGCAGAAAGUUUUGCUGCUCCAGCUGCUGAGCGGAUUUUGCUGGCUGAGUCCCGGGAGCUCGGCGGGGCCGGUGCCGCUGGUCAUCUGGCAUGGCAUGGGUGAGUGAACGGGAUCUAGUCAGGGUCUCGGCUGAUGCUUUGUCGAGAGAGAGAAAAAGAGAGAGUUUAAAAUGUUCAUCCCGGUUUUUUGUUUUUGUUUUUGUUUUUGCAGCAGUCUCUAGAGAGUCUUACAAGAGAGUGACCAGGCUAGUUAGCUUUGUGGCUGGAUGCAAAUUCGAACCCUGGUUCUGGGUAAACGUUUUCCCACGGAGUUCCAGCCUCGUUGUGGUAAAGCACGACAUCUGUAUAGCAUGUACUAGGAGGUGCUUUAACAAAACGAAUUGUAGCACAAUCCUAGCCGUGUCUACUUGGAAGUAAGGCCUGUUUAAUUCAAUGGAUCUUACUCGUAUGUAAGUGGGGAUCUCAGCCUUACUAACAGCAGUGUGGGCUUGUUCGUAGUUUAGUAUCUGUCAACAGGUUGCUAAUUGUCUAUUCAUUUACCUGUGAAUAAGCCCCAUUUAACUUGCUGGGAAUUAUUUCUGAGAAGAUCUGCAUAGGAUUGCACUGUCAGUUAACUCUUGUCAAGCAAAAAAAUGGGGGGAAAACCCAGGUGCAUAGGAUGGAGCAAAGCAAGUGUUAAUUAGUUGUUAAACUGUUGGACAUGGGUUCAAGUUUGGGUUCUGCUACUUCAAAGUGUCACCACUUCAGUUACCUUGCAAGGUUUCUUUUAGGGUGAAACUCUGUGGCUUUCUUGUUUCAGUUUCACAAAGAAGUUAAUGUGGUAACUACCUAAUGGUCCUGUAGCUUCAGUUCCUUAUCUGGAAAAUCAUAAGUUUGUAGUGCUUUGAGAACAGAAGCAGCACAGUUACACUAUGACUGUGAAACUAAAAAACAAGUCUCCUCCAAGCCACUGUCUCCUGUUUGUCAUUAAGCAGCCUAAAGGGUCUGGAGGGAUUAGUAUCUAAACCAGAGGGUCAGUUUUUCAUUGUAGCCCAUGUUUGCUAACCCCAGUCUUGUACUCCCCAGUAGCCUGGCCAAUCACAUUUUCCUCACUGUGUGAUUUACUAGGUUAUCAACUUGCAGGAAACUGAUCCAGUAUUUUACCAAGCAAAGCUUGUAUGCAUUUCUCCCUAGUGGUUUUCCUUAAGAGAGGACUUGUCAGUAGUGACAAUCUUUCUAGCAUUUCUUGGGUGUUCACAGUUUUUUCUCGGUUGCUGUGAUUGAUGUGUAGACUACAUUAGUUGAAAAGUGGAUUGAUACAGCUCAUCCUUCUGCCAAUUGCAUACCAUAAAAAGACACACGUGCGCACAAAUGAAACUUGAUUCUGCAUGAAUAGUGCAAAUGGAAGCAGCUUUUAUAAAUACAGCAGUAAUAUUUAACAACUACCUCAGUGUACCGUAUUUUUCGCUCUAUAGGACGCACUUUUUCCCCUUCAAAAAUGAAAGGGAAAUGUGUGUGCGUCCUAUGGAGCGAAGAUGCCAUAGCCCCGCGACCCUCUCCCGGCUGGAGAGGUGACGCGCGGCUAUGGCAGGAACCUCUACAGCCCCGUGUCACCUCUCCAGCCGGGAGAGUGCGCAUGGGGGGCUAAAGCAGCCCCCUGCGACCCUCUCCCGGCUGGAGAGGUGACGCGCGGCUAUGGCAGGAGCCUCUCCGCUGCGCCUUUCCGCUGCUCCCUGACCUGCUCUUUAGGGCUGGUGGUGGGCUUCCCCGCCAGCCCCAAAGAGCAGGUCGAAAGGAACCUGAAGCCUUGAGAGCGAGAGGGGUCCGUGCACACCGACCCCUCUCGCUCUCCAGGCUUCCAAGGUAGCCGCCUGAACGCACCUUAAACGGCACCUUGUUUUAGAGCGGGAAAACAAGAGGGGGAAAGUUUUCCCCCUCUCUGUGCAGCGCCUCCUGCUGCUUCACUGAAGCGGCGCUGGGCAGAGAGGGGGAAAUUUUUUUUUUCUUGUUCUCUCCCCUCUAAAACAAAGUGCGUCCUAUUGUCCGGUGCAUCCUAUGGUGCGAAAAAUACGGUAAUUAUCCUGCCAACAGUGACCUUUUUUUAUCUGCUGGCUUUAGUCUAAAAGCAAUAUUUGAUGCAUAAACAGACAGGUGGCAAGAAAUCUGAUGAAGCUUGUUCAAAGCUGGCCAAGUGCCAUCCUUCCCUUUAUGAUCUUAUCACUUAAUUGGAUUAUACAAGGGGAUGGUUGAAUUGGAGUGGCAUGAAAAGAACUGGGCAUUCAAAGCUCAUCUCAGUCAAGGAAAAUGUAUUAUAAUUUGUUUUAAUGCAGAGGUGGGGAACUGAAGGUCCAGGACCAGACCCUCCAGGGCUCUCUGUCUGGCCCUUGGGACUCUCCCCAGCCCAUAUCCCUCCCUUGCUGGCCCUGGUUUGCACCCUUCUUGAGUGUUUUUGCUUGGCUGGAAUGUGUCCUUGAACUUUGAUAGCGCCUCUUUCUUGUUUGGAUGAGGAUGGAGAGGGAUGUGUGUAGAAACCAGCCUUCUGAACAAAGGUAAACAUUAAAUGGAUUGCUGUGCCCACUUUUGCCUCUUGCCCUGCUCCUCCCCCGGAGGCAUGUGGCCCUUGGGAUGAAAAGGGCUUCCUGCCUCUGUAACUGGGAUCAUGGGACACUGUUUCUCAAAGAAAUAUGCUGACCAACAUCAUUAAAUAACCGAAACUAAACAGAAGAGAAAAUGAAACUUUAAAAAAACGGAAUUUAAAAAUUGGAAGAAUGCCAUACAAAACAUAGCAUCUAGUUCCAGACAGUGACAUUGCAAGUGUUAUAUGCAUUUACAGUUGAAUAAGACAGUGAGAAAGGGCAGGUAGCAUUAACGCUGUUCCUUAAGACCAGUUUGAUUCUCUUGCCUAACCCUCACCCUGCCCUAAAGCAGUUGCUGAGAAAUUGCAAAUGGGAAGGCAUCCUGAAAUGGCAAGACGUCUUGGAGUCGGGGUUAGCAACUGGAGGCCCCAUGACCAACUCCAACCUUGAAAGAGGACCAGUUGCAAAAGGGGUAUUUAGAGGUGAUGAGGGGCUACAUUAGGAGGUUUACUUGUUAGUCCACUUUGGGUGGGAGUAGAGGGUGGCCCUUUUUUGCCCAGCCUCCUUUCAAGGUAAUUGCUGACUCUAGGAUGGGGGCGGGGGACCUUGUGCACCUCCUGAUAUUCGUGGACUUUCAUCUUUCUUGACUACCGGCCUUGCUGAUGGGAGCUGGUGUCCAGCAACAUCUGGAGGAGCCACAGGUUGUCCACCUUGCCCUGAGAUAAUAUUUCUUUUCCAGGGGUAAAGAGUUAGAGGAACUGGCUCCAGGUCAGGACCACCCCUCCAGCCACAGUAUAAAAGAGAAUAUUUGUAUCUCCUGAAAGGCCACAGGCUCCAGACUUCUAUGACUCUUCACAGUGAUUUCAGCCUCAAUUAAAGACUGGUUUAUAGCAUGGCUGCAUUUGUGUGAUCAUUCAGCUUUAUAAAAGUCCAAGGCUCCAGACUUCUUGUCUUAGGGUUCUUACUCACUCCAAAUCACCAUGUAAGAUGUUAAGCACACUCAGUACUGUGAGUGAGGUUUGAAAUUUGGAUGUGCACUCUCCUGUUGCACUUUUGAUUCUGUUUCGGACUUUUACUCCCAACGGUUUGUAAUCUGUUGCUUUUAUCCAUGGGAUGGAGCACAAACAAGGGAGGGACUAAUGACUAGGAAACUGAUGACAGAGCUGCUUGGGCAAUUAAUAUUUUUUCCUUAGGGGAAGAUGAUAUGUAUAGCUUCCCUGCCCCAGAUCCUCCUCCAGUUUCCUGCUGAUCUUGUCUCUUCCCCUCAGGCUCUUUUGGAGUCCCAGGUUGAUGAGAUCAGGCCAGAUUUCUUUAUAUGGUCUAAGGCUGCACACAGACAAUACAUUUAAAGCGCAUGGCUUUCCCCCCAAAAAUCCUGGGAUUUGUAGUUUAGCUCUCACAGAGCUAUAAUUCCCAGCACCCUUCAACUACAGUUCCCAUGAUUCUUUGGAAAAGAAAUGUGCUUCAACUGUAUGAUGUAUAUGCAGUUAUAGACCCAUUGUGAAAUAUAACUGGAAUAACACGAAAUGUUAGAUAUAGUAUGAAAUUUUGCAUCCAUCCAGACCUCAUUCUGAUAUUAUCUGGGCUUUUAUCUUGAUUACCAAACUUGUUUGUUCUUUCUUUCUUUCUUUCUUUCUUUCUUUCUUUCUUUCUUUCUAAAAGGGGCUACCCUCCUAGUAAUAGAUUCACCCUCUCCCUUCAUUUAAAAUUCUCACAACACUAUUGAUCUGCUAGAUAACUGUCCUCAGUUCCCUGCCUCCUAUGACGUCUCAGCCUUGUGCUUGGAGAAUAAAAAAUCCUGAUACCCUUUCUCUGCUGGGACUAAUAUUCAGUGGCAAACAAUCUAAAUUGAUGUCAUGAGCAUACAAUUAACAAGGGGACAGGAAACUCUGGACCGUGUCUAAAGCCACAUUCGACAUGCAUUUAUUUUGAAGUGCAGUAUUCCUAUGUGUGUCUAAAACCAUACUCUUGUCUGUUUUCCCCCACCAAUUUCUUUGGAUGGGGCUUUGGGUUACAGCUGUUCAAGUAAGUGCCUGUUGUAUAUAUCUGGAUCAAAGUUUAGUUGAUCCAGUUAGGCUGAAGUUUAGUCAGGAAAUCAGAAAUCCAUAGUAUUACAGUGGUACCUCGGGUUACAGACGCUUCAGGUUACAGACUCCGCCAACCCAGAAAUAGUACCUCGGGUUAAGAACUUUGCUUCAGGAUGAGAACAGAAAUUGUGCAGCGGCGGCACAGCAGCAGUGGGAGGCCCCAUUAGCUAAAGUGGUGCUUCAGGUUAAGAACAGUUUCAGGUUAAGAACAGACCUCCAGAACGAAUUAAGUCUUAACCCGAGGUACCACUGUAUUUAUUAGAUUUAUAUGCCACCCCUCAUUAUAAGAUCUUAGGGAGGUUCGCAGAAUAAAAUACAGGUUAAAACAAGCACUUGAUUAAAACAGCUAAACAAUAACCUGCCCACUUCUCACAGACACAUUUAAAAGGCUGCAGAAUGUUAAUCAGCCAAAGGGGAACAUUUUCGCCUGGCACCUAAAAUAUAUAUAAUGAAGGAGCCAGGCGAACCUCCCUGAGGAGAGCAUUCCACAAACGGGAGUAUUAUAAAUAUUACAUGUUCCUUUUGCCCUUGUCUAUGUGGGAGGUGUCAGUCUCCUGACUUACUGGCAAGAGAAGAUGCACGCCGUUUGUAUUAACCCACUUUAUCAUCACUGUUAUCUUCCCAGGUGUAGUCCAGGAUGACGUUCAGCAGCCCUCGCACAAGAAAGAGCAUGCCUUGCCCAGGAUGGUCAGGAAUGAUAAUUGUGUUGUUUGUGUGGAACCGAGAAACAAAUGUGUUUUUGUUUAUCUGCUUAUUAUGUACCUUGGCCUUCAGUAUCUCAAGAAGAUAUUUAUGUGGCAGUUUUUGUAAAACGCAGGAUUUUCUUUUAAUGUAAUCCCAUUAACUUCAGGAGAGAUAAUUGAGCAAUUAACUUAAUAGUUGACCACCCUGCUUACUUGCGUUAAGGUGGGAGCCGAAUAUGGGGCUUCCCUAUAGCCCCCUGGGGGCCCCAGUAACACAUGAGCUGGGUCUACGUUUGUUAUAAUUUGCAAAUAUAUUUUUCUAGAAAUAUCUAAAAAGAAUGCUACUGCAACAGUCCCGUUGCUGAAUUUCUGAUUCCGAAUCUUUCCCCUCAUCUGCUUUUUUCUCUUUAAUCCCAGGUGACAGCUGCUGCAAUCCUGAGAGCAUGGGUUACAUAAAAAAAAUCGUGGAGAAGAAAAUCCCAGGGAUUUACGUUCUGUCUUUGAAGAUUGGCAGCAACUUAAUUGAGGUGGGGUCAUUUUUAUUGUGAAUUUUCUCAAGUAGGCAUGGUGUUUAAAAUGGUGCUUCUCAUACUUUGUUAACUUGAGCUCCAGCUAUCAGCCUGGAGAGCUCAGUUGGUUAGAGUGUGGUGCUGAUAACGCCAAGGUUGUAGGUACGAUCUCCUUAGGAGACAGCUGCAUAUUCUUGCAUUGCAGAGGGUUGAAUUAGAUCAGGGGUCAGCAACCUUCUUCAGCCAUGGGCCGGUCCACCAUCCCUCAGACCAUGUAGUGGGCUGGACUAUAUUUUUUUUUUGGGGGGGGGAAUGAAUGAAUUCCUAUGCCCCACAAAUAACCCAGAGAUGCAUUUUAAAUAAAAGCAUACAUUCUACUCAUGUAAAAACACGCUGAUUCCUGGACCGUCCGCUGGCUGGAUUGAGAAGGCGAUUGGGCCGCAUCCAGCCCACGGGCCAUAGGUUGCCUACCCCUGGAUUAGAUGACCCUCUAGAUCCCUUCCAACUCUUCAAUUCUAAAGGACAGUGUGCAGAACAUUGUGGACAGCGCUGCAUGUUUUUGCCAUGCCGCUUCCAACAAGGAUCUGUGCAUUGGGGCAAUCAGUCUUGAUGCCAAGACUGGCAUUAGAGGAGGGACAGGGGCGGGGGAGUGUUUGUAGGGAAAUGCCAUUAGAACAAAGCAGCAUCUCUUCUGCCUGAAAGAGGAUGAAAUGAUGGUAUGGUGAGGAGCAGUAAUCUCAUGAAUCCAGUGGGGAUAAAUGGAGGACCCUUCUGGGGCAGUUGAAUUCUUCCCACUCAUACCUUUGCUGGCUCAUGAGAAAGGCUAGGAGACCUGCCUGUUGAUGAGCAGGAUUCUCAUCCCCACCCCCCCGACCCAAUGGACUUGUCAAUCACACUGGGUGUGCAUGUCUGAGUAGGGUGGGGAGAACCUAAAGGCAUCAUCAUGGACACCUUUAAAACAGGUGUGAGCAAGUAAGGGAGUAAGAAGGGCAGACUCCCAUGAAGUAACCCCGAAGCUGCGGGUUGUAAUUGGAUUUGGACGCAGAUCUGCUUAUGAGCUCCCUGAAGCCAUGAUGGCCUCUGACUUAGGCCUCUUCUAAGCCUUGUCUGUGCCUAAGCUCUGAUCUCUAAAUGGAUUUGGUCCUGAUGCUGUGCCGCCCAGCUCUCUCCCACACGCUCGUGGCUUUGGUUUUGCUACGCAGAGCUCAGAACUUGGGUGCUGAAUCGAAUUCCACCCUGGCAUUACUUUUCCAAGCAUUGAGGGUUGCCUUUCCCCAGUGGAGAGCUGUCGGGGGCUGCAUCCCAGUAGUGAGUGGGGCCAGACACAAUCACAUAAGCACUUAGACAAAGCUACUUCUCAUGGUUCGCCAGCUCGCUCGGCCAAUAAAGCGAGAUGAGCGCCACAACCCCAGAGUCAGUCACGACUGGACCUAAUGGUCAGGGGUCCCUUUACCUUUACUUCCCAUGGAAGCAGCUAGCUAGGCAUAUAUUCUGGGUGACCUCGGCUAAAGUUUCACCUCCCAUUUUUGCCAUAGACAUGGAACCCUGUAGUCCCCCUCUCCCUUUCCCUCUUGUAUCCUGAUGGAACGGCUGCUGGCUGCUAGGCACUUGAAGGAGAAGCCUGAUGGAGUUGCUGUCCAGCAGAGCCAAUGGAGAGACACAGCAGCCUCAUCUUUCCCUCUCCAUUCUAUCAUCUAUCUAUCUAUCUAUCUAUCUAUCUAUCUAUCUAUCUAUCUAACUAUCAUCUAUCUAUCAUCUACCCCUCUUGCGUUUGGUCCAGAAAUAUCAGUUAAUGCAGAACACUGCAACAUGUUUGCUGAUCCUGCCAUCAUAUUACAUCCUCAGGUCAUAGAUCUGCAUUGACGACUGAUUUGUUCCUGGGCCAAAUUCAAGGUUGUCCUCAGCCCGGUGAGGAAGGCUGGGCCUGGGAAGGACUAACACCUGGCUCCUACGAGACCAGGAGGUUCAGCUGCAGAGUGACACUUGUUGGAACAUUGGACAAUUAGUGAGGGAAAUCUAUAUACAAACUUGUCCCACUCUAGUGACUGCUGUAUCAUUGCAUUAUUAAUAUACUGUAAGCUUCACAAAUACUCCUAAAUGAGCAAACAUCUGGAGGGCCACAGGUUCCCUAUCGCUGGGCUAGUGACUUCCUUUUUGAACAGAAGGGCUGAUUGCCUGGGGAAGGAAGCUGCAAUCUCCCUGUGGGGACUUGCCUUCCUCCUGCUCAGUGGGUGACACUUUGGCAUGUGCAGGUCAUUGGCUCUCUCCUGUUCUUCAAGUUCUCCGUUUUUUUCAGGACAUGGAGAACAGCUUCUUCAUGAACGUGAAUGACCAGGUGAAACUCGUGUGUGACGAACUCACAAAGGACCCGAAGCUUCGAGGCGGCUUCAACGCCAUGGGCUUCUCACAGGGAGGGCAGUUUCUGUAAGUGUCUCAAGCGUUGCAGAAUGAGGGAGGAGCUUUGGGUGAAAGGGGGCAACUUUGGGUAGAAUGCAGUGGUAGAGCACGUGUAUUGCAUGCAGAAGGCUCUUAGAAAUGUUAAAUAAUCAAUAGAAUUUUUUUGAAUGUUUAAAUCAUAUUAAUUUUUUUAAAUCACUUUUUAAAAUGUUAGAUUUUGUAACUUACUUUAAUUUUAAAUUUAAGUCCCUCAUGUGACAUAUCAUAUUAAAGCCCACGAAGUUCUGAAGAGAUUGGUGUUUUUAGUUUUGGUGUAUGUCAAUUCUGGACUGAGCUUUUAAGGUUUUUGUGCAAGGCCAAAAUUGUCAAUUUUUUGAAAUUUCAAACCCUCAUAACUCACAUACAGGAUGAGAUAAAAAAUUUGAAAUUUUAGAUUUAAGCUUAGUUUUGAUCAUUCAACAAGUGUACAAAAUAUUAAGAAAAUUGGAUGAGAUGAGGUAAAAAAGUUGAAUCACUUGAUAUGGAAUGACCUAUCUGUGACAUAGGUUACAGAACCAGGCCCUUGGCCCCUCCAUCUCAGUACUGACUACCUUAAAAAUGGGGAACUGCAGCCCUCCAGAUGACAUCAAAUGUCCCCUCCCAUCACCCCUGGCCAUUGGCCAUGCUGGCUGGGGAUGAUGGGAACAUCCGACAGGUCACCCUACCUCCCCGACCUGAAUUCCAAUAAGUAUAAUAAAAUCUAAUGUAUAUAAAUUGAAUUACAAAAUCAAUAUUAAAUCAAAGCCAAUAUAAUCCUGUCAGUUCUACGUUCUGCCCUGGUAUAUAAGAACUGUCUGGACAACGUGUCUUCUGCCUUGGAGGUUGCUGCUUAAUCUGUUUUUGUCUCUCUCUCUCCCCCCCCCCCCUUUCCAGGAGGGCGGUGGUGCAGAGAUGUCCCUCUCCCCCAAUGUUCAAUCUGAUUUCUGUAGGAGGUCAGCACCAAGGUAAGCCCAUCUGAGUGGUCUUUUGUUUUCUAGAUGGGAGAAUGCAGAUUUAGGCGGGGAAAGUUAUGUCAUAGCAACAGAGGAUGUUAUGCCUGGAGGAUGCGGACCAUAUGGAUCCCUUCCAAUCGGGAUUCAGUCCCCAUCAUGGGAUUGAAACUGCCUUGAUUGUGCUGGUCAGUGAUCUCCGGCGGGCUAGGGACAGAAGGGAAAGCUGUCCCUGGUUCUGCUGUGAGUGUCUGGAGGCAGCUGGAGGAUGGAUGGCAGUUAAUGGAUUGAGGUUGAAUCCUGACAAGACAGAAUACUGUUUUUGGGGGCUGGGCUGGGCGAGUGUGGGGGACUCCUUGGUCCUGAAUGGGGUAAUUGUGCCCCUGAAGGAACAGCAGCACACCCUGGGAGCCAUUUUGGACUCACAGCUGUCCAUGCAGGCAUAGGUCAAUUCUGUGUCCAGGACAGCUCCACCUGGUACACCAGCUGAGACCCUACCUGCCCGCAGCCUGUCUCGCCAGAGUGGUGCAUGCUCUAGGUAUCUCCCGCUUGGACUACUGCAAUGUGCUUCAUGUGGGACUACCUUUGAAGGUGACCUGGAAACUACAACUAAUCCAGAAUGUGGCAGCUAGACUGGUGACUGGGAGUGGCCGCUGGGACCAUAUAACACCAAUCCUAAAGGAUCUUCACUGGCUCCCAAUACGUUUCCAAGCACAAUUCAAAGUGUUGAUGCUGACCUUUAAAGCUCUUGGCCCAGUAUACCUGAAGCAGUGUCUCCACCCCUGUCAUUCACUGAGGUCCACCUCAAAGGGUCUUCUGGCGUUUCACUUACUGAGAGAAGCAAAGUUACAGGGAACCAGGCAGAGGGCCCUCCCAUCCGAUGUCAGGGAGAUAAAGAACCACACAACUUUUAGAAGACAUCUGAAGGCAGCCCUGUAUUGGGAAGUUUUAAAUGUUUGACAUUUUAUGAUGUUUUUGCAUGUGCCGGAAGGAAGCUGCCCAGAGUGGCUGGGGAAACCCUGCCAGAUGAGUGGGGUAGAAAUAAUAAAACAAUACCAACAACAACAACAAUUAUUAUUAAAGUAAUAAGCAUGACUGAGGGCCAUUAAUCUUAAUGGCUGGUGUCAUGUUCAGAUCCUGAAUGCCUGCAAAUUGGUAUCUUGCUGCCACAGGUGUGUAUGGCUUUCCGCGUUGUCCCGGGGAGAGUUCUCACCUCUGUGACUGGAUCCGAAGGAUGUUAGACCUAGGGGCCUAUACUGCAGUGGUCCAGAACCGGUGAGUUCACUUUGGCGGAAGUUGAAUGUUAUUGGGUAGGGGCAUGUGCUUGGGGGUUGGGGCUCAAGGGCUUGUUCUGGCUUGUGUUUUGAACUCCCAGUUCUCCCUCCACUACAGCCUGGUCCAAGCCCAGUACUGGCACGACCCACUGAAUGAAGAGGAAUACCGGAAGCACAGUCUUUUCCUGGCUGACAUCAAUCAAGAGCGAGUAAGUUUGAUAGGUUUGGGCCUGGCCGGUCUGGCUGCUCAUCCCGCCCCUCUAAUCAAAUCCAGAAACAACCCCUGCAAACUGCAGGAAGUUUAUCGUGAAAUUGUGAAGGUCUGGAAGGGCUCAAGAAAGAAAAAAACAAGCUAGAAAAAGUAGAAUAAAACAUGCAGAAAUUAAGCAGAUAUAUGCAGGCUAUGGUCCAUAGGCACACAAUGGAGCAGCCUUGCUGAGUCUUGUAAGAUCUCCACCUGGUCAGUGACCAGAUAGAAGAAUGCCUGUGAGCUACAUGCUUAUGCUUCCUUAGAGGAAGGGUUGCUGUUGACGUUUAACUUGUUUUGUUAUGUACUAUAAGCCUUGUUUUGAAGGGCGAGUUAUUAAACAUGUAGUCAAUUAGUACCCAAACAAUAUGUUUGCAUAAUAAUAUAAAAGGUAAAGGACCCCUGGAUAGUUAAAUCCAGUCAAAGGCGACUGUGAGGUGCGGCGCUCAUCUCGCUUUCAGGCCGAGGGCGUGACAUUUGUCCACAGACAGCUUUCCAGGUCAUGUGGCCAGCAUGACUAAACUGUUGGGGCGCACUUGGGUCAGGAUUUGCAUGGAGUUUUCUGCAGUGUCAUCAGCAAAGCAGAUUCCAAGGUAGCUUGGGAUUCUCUUAAAUCUUCUUUUCUCUCUGUCUUUUCCUCCCUCUGUGCCCCCAUCUUCUUUCCAGAGCAACAACAGUACCUAUAAGAAAAACCUGAUGUCUUUGAAGAAAUUUGUGAUGGUGAAGUUCCUCAAUGAUACCAUGGUGGACCCUCCUGCAUCUGAGGUGGGCAGCUCUGUGUGUGUGUGCACGCAUAUACAUGUGUGAAAAACACAUGCAGAAUCUGAUGAAAUGGAAGGGGGCUGAUUUUGCAAACCCAAUAUACCAUAUAUACUUGAGUAUAAGCCGACUCGAAUAUAAGCCGAGACACCUAAUUUUAGCACAAAAAACUGGGAAAACUUAUUGACUUGAGUAAGUAUAAGCCGGUUCACCACACCACAAACCUGGUGGCGGCGGCAGUGGCGGAGGAAGAACAAGCAGCCCGAAAGGGACAGGCCUUUGCUGGCCUGGUGCAUGUAGGUAUGAACUGGCCAUUGCAACAGCGUGUGGCUCAUUUUAUUGCUCUCCUCUUUCCCCAGUGGUUUGGUUACUACCGGAGCGGUCAGGCCAAAGAGACCAUUCCCUUGCAAGAGACCUCACUGUACACAGAGGUAACUAUCCCGAAUGUUGCUAUUAUUCCUAUCAAGAAUUUGACACCAAACCAGCUGUGUGACAUCCCAUCAGUUGUUGCAACAAAGAGUUUUGUUUUGUAACUAGAUAAUAACUUGCAGAAGAGAGAUUAAUAUCUACAUAUUAGAUUGCAUGGGGGGUUGUGUUCUGGGGGCCCCAUAAUUGUGUAUAAGUGGGGAGCACUCUUAUUUGAGUAGGGAGUGCUUGUGGUUCACAAGGAGGCCUUCCUCUUUGGGCUGUGGGGAGCCAAGAGGACGCUCUAGGGUGCUCCCCUCUUCUGGGUUCCUGUGCUGCAGGUGUGCAUAGCUGCAUGCAAGUAAAUUCCACUCAAAAGUUGUCUGCUUAAAGAGACAACUGUUUCUACAAGAAAAUACUGUUCUACAAACACUGAUUUGCAGAAUUUGAAAUUGAGACAGUUGACAGGAAAAUGAUAAAUGAGUCUAAGCUGGUGUAACUGAACAGAGAUAAUCUUCCAAACCUGAAGAUGUGCUGACCACUGGAAGCACGUUCCUUCCAAGCUUUUACGAGAGAGCAGGGUGCACGCUUCCAAAAACUGGCAAAAAAAAAGUUUUUUUAAAAAAAGACUUCAAUAGCUUUUAGGAAUGCAUACAGUAUUUAAGAACAGUUACUGCCUCCUCUCAGGGGCCAGUUAAAGGAAUUUGGUUGGAUUAGUAUUGCAACCUUUUAAGUGACUGAAAGCCUUUGUGAAUUAAUUAAAAAGGCAGCCCUGGUUAAUGGGACAACACGUUGGGUGAGGUCCAACAAUGUUGUACUCAGAAUAGUAGACGCAUUGAAAUCAGUGGAUGUAACUUAAGAUAGUAUAAAUUGCAGAAAUAUUUGAAGAGCAUCAUCCCUACACUCUUGAAUCAGGGCCAUUGAUACACUGGCUGUGAGCCGCAAAACAUCUGGCCAAGUGGACAGAUACUACCCUGAACGAUUUGGAGUUAGAGGAUAAAAAUUAACAGCCUGGUUUCUUUAUACCCUUUUCUUGUCACUGCUGCUUGCCUUUAACUUAAUGAAGCAGGGGGUGUAAAUUCACGCCAGUUAACUUGGUGGAAUUUCCCCCUAGACUGCAGCUUAGUUCUAAUGGUAGGUUUUAGCAUUUUUCCAGUAGUUUCCUUGGUGCUCUCAAACUAGAUUGGCCCAGGAUCUGCUCAGAGGAAGCCCUGAUAGUUAAACUGGAUGUAAGCCAGUUUAGGAUUGUUCUAUAUAUGCAGCUGUGAAAACAUUUGCUGCUGUAUUUUCUCAGAAGCGCCAUUUAUAGGGCUUACUCCAGUGCUUAUGAUUGCAGCCUUAGGAUCUUAAUAUUGAUUUAUUUAAUAAAAUUUAUAUACCCUUUGAUAGUAAGAAAAAACCUCAAAGUGGGAAGGAGUGGACUUGUUCAGCCUACUUUUUUUACUAGAAAUCUAAGAUCUGCUAACAAGUCUAAAGACAUGUAGUUGGAAGCAAACACUCUUUCAGCCAGCAAUCUACCAGGAGAUCCCAAACCACCUUCUUUGCAUGCCCUGCUGCCUAAGUUUUGCAUGGUGAUUUCUAGCUGAGGUCCAUCUGUUUGUUACUCUAUGUUCCUUCUUUCAGGAUCGAUUGGGUUUGAAGGAAAUGGACCAAGCAGGGAAGCUGGUGUUCCUGGGCGCAGAAGGAGAUCACCUCCACUUUUCCGAAGAAUGGUUCUACAAGAACAUCUUGCCAUUCUUGCAGUGAAGCUGAUGAUGACCCACAGGCUGAGCCUGCCUUUCUGUGUUGCUGGAGAUGAGAGUGUUUGGUGUGUUCCUUUAUAGCGCUUGGCUGGAAGGAAGAGACUUCUCACUAAUCUGCUAGGUAGGGGCUAGCUUGAUAUAAGGAUUAACACCAAUUAAUUGAACUCUCUCAGUAGGUCUUCUGCACCUUUAUUCCAUACAGCCUGACCUCUAUCAGCUUUGCCCUGCAGAGGCACUGAAAUAUAAGAGUCCUUUCAGCUAUGUGAAAAGUCAUUCGUAUUUGUUUUGGGAUGGCAAAAUUGAUGUGGGUUACAAUGCUUUAUCAGCCUCCUUUUUUGGGAUCUGUGCCAACCUUUUCCUGCCCCCUGAAUGUUUUGACUACAGCAGGAGGGGAGGAUCACUUUGUCUUCUUCCUCCUUUAGUGAUUUUAUUAGGACAGGCAGCCAUCAAAAUGAACACAUUUGCUUGUGGAGCAUGUUGUGCAAGGCUGUGUGGAACUGAGGAUGCGAUAUUGCAGUUAACCUUUUGGAGAUCUCAGGGAUGGGAUAUUUAAUACCUCUUGUUAGAACAAGAGAUAAAAUGGGGGUGGGGUGGGGUGGUGCACUAGCUUACGUUUCUCUCACCAGACUGCAAGUCUGAAAGCAGGCAGUAGGUCUGUGGUACACAAGAGAAACAGGUGACUUAUACUUGCAACAAUACUGUUGGGCCGUGUGAAUGGCAGGAUUUUAACAAAUGGUGAUUCAAGCUCUUUGGCUUUGUAUUGUAUUAUAAGCAAUAGCACACACAAAAAUUGAUACAUUCCAAUAAAAAUGUUUAAGAUGAUUCAGUGAGCAGCAGCACUGCUUUCUUUGUAGAGGAAGAUUGCAUCCGCACUCCUAGCAUGAAGCAACAUUCCUCUUGAAGGCAAUAGAAGAAGUACUGCUCCCCAUGUUGUUGGUUUCAAAACUCCCUUCAACCCCCCCCCAAACCAUUAUGGCUGAUGAGGAAUUAUGGGAAUUGUAAUCUAACAAUAGGUGUAAAACACAAGAUCUGCAGUUCAGUAGAGAUACUCACUUAGAAGAACUAGAAGUGUAAUUUCCCCCAAACUCCCACCUGGGUUCUAAAGGGCAGAGGCUGGAUGAUGAAGCAACUACUGCAUCUUCCAAGUUGCAGUCUACAUGCGAGUCUGGCAAACUUGCAGCCCUUCACUUGUUGCUGGAUUACAUCUGCUACACCAUCCCUGACCACUAGCUCUGCUUGCUAGGACUGAUGGAAGUUGGGUAGCCAACAGUUUCCCCACCCAUUAUAUACUAUGUUGGGUUAUGCAUACAGUAGUAACUCUCUCCUGCCCUUUAUGUGUUGCCCCCCUCUUCCAUUCUUUUAAAUUCCAGAAUCCCUUCAUUUGAAAUGUCUCAAUUAUUUCACUACAAUCCCUUGGUGAGUGGAGAGAUGGCUUUCUGGGGCCUGAUGUAGGGAGGCUGUCAGGCUAGUUCAAGACCUUCCUGCCAACACAACAGAUGUCAGUGGCCUCUGUGGUAACAGCUUUUAACAAAGCCAGGAAACAUUUCCAUGAAUGCAUUUGCCCACCACUGCCGCUAGCCACAAUGAAAUUCUGAGUGAAGCCACAGCGGGCUCUGAGAGACUAGUGUGAAAACACUCCCAAGGACUCCUCAGACAAGCUUAAGCUGGAAAUGUUGCUGAAAGAGAGCAGCAUUGAGUCUGAAGCUGUAAACUGAGAUUUGCGGCUUUUCUGGACGAAGCUGGUUGCAGAGGAGCUUAGGAAGGACCACCAUGUUAAGGAGCAACUUGGCAUUAACUUUAUUCUAUCUUCAGUAUAAUUUUAAGUACAUAAGAAAGGUUUUAUUUCCACAAGCCUCGGGAGAGAAAUACAAGUCACAGGACAGUUUC